UCCACCUACCUUCAGACAACAAGGAAAGAGAAACAUAUCUCAACAACCCCCAAUCUUCGUUCUCUCGUAUCGCUCGCGAUUUCCUUCUCCAAAUCUCUAGUUCUUCUGAUGGAUACCUUUUUCAUCAGCCACGGAUCUCCGACUCUAUCGAUCGAUAAGAGAAUGCCGGCGAGACAUUUUCUCGAGUCAUGGAGAGCUAAGCUUUUCCCGACGGAUCCUAAGGCGAUUCUGAUGGUUUCAGCACACUGGGACACGCCGGCACUCGCCGUCAACACAAUCCAUGCCCGGAAUGAUACCAUCUACGAUUUCUACGGUUUCCCUAAACCUAUGUACGAGAUCAAAUAUCCUGCACCAGGUGCACCAGAACUAGCCAAGAAAGUAAAAGGUUUGCUUCAAAGUGCUGGAUUUGGCAGUGUGCAGGAGGACAAGAAACGCGGGCUUGACCAUGGAGCCUGGGUUCCAUUAAUGUUUAUGUAUCCAGAAGCCAACAUACCAGUGUGCCAACUUUCCAUUCAAUCUGAGAAGGAUGGAACAUUUCAUUACAAUAUAGGGAAGGCAUUGGCUCCUCUCCGAGAGGAGGGUGUUCUAAUUAUUGGAUCUGGAAGUGCCACACAUAACCUUCGGUUGCUCGGUCCUGAUGAUGUGCCACCGCCCAAUUGGGCUGCAGAGUUUGAUAAAUGGCUUUCAAAAUCUCUCCUUGAUGGAAGACAUGAAGAUGUGAAACACUAUGAUAAGAAGGCUCCAAGUGCUAAAAUUUCGCAUCCAUGGCCGGACCACCUUUUUCCCUUACAUGUUGCUCUUGGAGCUGCUGGGGAGAACGCCAAGGCGGAGCUCAUCCAUCAAAGCUGGAGCAAUUCGUCGCUCUCUUACUCCUCUUACAGGUUCCAUACCACAUAGAAAAUGGAUUUAUUUGCUCAAUUGUGUGCUUUAUAUGGGGAUUUUAUGAGUUAUCUUAUUUCUGUGGGUUAGUUAUGAUAAGAUUAUGAGCUGUAUGUGUGAGUUUGAUUAAACAUAGUUGUCAUUAAAGCCAUGUGUUGUGUGAGCUAAGGCUAUCAGUGCUCAUGUAAAUUUACUCCAAUCAAAUGAUCAAUAUUGCCAACAUUACUAAAUAGAUACUAC